CAACAGAAUGAACAGCAACUGAGCAACAGAAGAAAGAAGGACAAGGAAGUACAGAAAAACAGAAACAGCAAACAGAACAGACGACAGACGUUCAUACAGACUACAGACAGACUAACUAAAUUAUUAGUAAUUACUUAUAAGUAAACAAGGGCAGAUGGUUCUAAGUUAGGCAAAAUUACGUUAGUGGUUUAGUAUUUGGAAAAUAAAUCUGAUUGUGGUCUUUUGUUGUAUUAGUACAAGUGAGUAAAUAAUAUUCGAGAAUAGGCUACCAUUUUAUAGAAUCAGCUUUGCCCUUGCCCUUGUCUCGAUCUAAUUGUAAUACUGAACUGAACUUUUUCUUUUACAAACGAACUAAGAUGAGCGAAAAUAGAAAAGAUAGCAAAAACGACCAAGGAAGUGGAUUUGGCCUUGGAGCGGCAGUGUUGUUGGGGGUAGGAGCUGCAGCUGCAGGGUUUUUGGCUGGCAACUUUUUCAAAAAUGCUCAACAGUCCACUGCGGGGCCCAGCAGACAAUCUAGUUCUCCAGCCGGUUGGGAGGAUAAAAAUGAGAACCUUAGAGCAAGGAAGAAGCAAAGAAGCUUGUUUAAAGAGAGUAAUAACAUUCCUGAUGAGUUGAAAUGUGUUGUGUGUCUCGACAACCCCCGAGAAAUCUGUUUACUUCCUUGUGGCCAUGUUUGUCUGUGUGAGGACUGCUCUGACCAGAUCAAGGAACACUGCCCCAUGUGCCAACAAGUGAUACAAAACAAGAAAGCCAUCUAUAUCUAGAUUUGCAGAUCUAACAAUGUUUGAUCGGGCCAAAGUUGACAAUGGCCUGUAUAUAAUGUAAAAUAAACUAGAAUCACUCCCAAAUAAAGUGUGUUUUUAAUAUUUAAAAUAAUUAACAAGUUGAAUUAUAUUGACAUUUUGGAUUUCCAUGAAUAGCACCUUGUUCUAUUUAUUUACACUUUUACAACAGGGUGUCUCAUUAUAUUAUAGGCUGUUUAUUUGUUAAUUAUUUGUUGAUAUUUGUUAUCUAUAACAAAUAAAUAGAGAGAUUUUGAAA